UAAGCUGGUUUCAUUCACAGAGCAUCCACGGUUCGGCUUGACGGUGUCAUGGCCACCUCAGCACUGAAAAUGUCCCCUGUUUUAAUAAGUUUUCUUUAUUCUGCAUUACUCUUUGGAACAAUACUGUGCGAUAAUGAGACGGAGGAAGAUGAGCACGCAAAGCACACUUACACGGUGGAAAUGUUCAACAAUGCAAUUUCAACUGCUCCACACUUCGUGAUGUUCUUCGCCCCUUGGUGUGGUCAUUGCCAGAGGCUGCAGGGAACGUGGAACGAGCUGGCAGAUAAAUACAACAGUAUGGAGUCCCCCCCUGCGUAUGUCGUAAAAGUAGAUUGCACUAAGGACACAAAGUUUUGCUCCAGCGACCAUGGAAUCCGCGGAUAUCCCACUCUGAAGCUGUUUAAACCUGAGCAGGAGGCAGUGAAAUAUCAGGGCCCAAGAGACCUGCAAUCUCUGGAGACCUGGAUGCUCAAAACUUUGCAGGAGGAGCCAGAGGAGCCACAGAGUGAGCCUGAGCCCCCUAAAGUGCCAGAGCCCAGAAAUGGCAUGUACGAGCUUACUGCCGCUAACUUCAAACCACAUAUUUCCAAAGGAUCUCACUUUGUGAAGUUCUUUGCACCAUGGUGUGGCCACUGCAAAGCUAUGGCUCCAACAUGGGAACAGCUUGCUACUAGCUUUGAACACUCAGAUUUGGUCAAGAUUGGGAAGUUGGACUGCACUCAGCAUUAUGAAAUCUGUUCAGAGAACCAGGUGCGAGGCUACCCUACUCUGCUCUUCUUCACUGAUGGAGAGAAGGUGGACCAGUACAGGGGAAAGCGUGAUCUGGACUCCUUUAAGGAAUUUGUGGAUAAUCACUUAGCGGCUGCUGCUUCCAAAGAUCAGCCUGCUGCAGAAGACGCAAGGACUAAUGAAAUGCCAGAGAGCAAAGAGCCUGCUAAAGAAGAGUCUAGUGUUGUAGUCCUUACUGAAAGCAACUUUGAUGAAGUUGUUGCCAAAGGUAUCUCCUUCAUCAAGUUUUAUGCUCCAUGGUGUGGCCACUGUAAGAACCUGGCUCCUGUGUGGGAGGACCUGUCUAAGAAGGAGUUUCCUGGCUUGACUGAUGUGAAGAUUGCUAAAGUGGACUGCACUGUUGAGAGAACGCUCUGCAACAGAUUCUCAGUGCAGGGAUACCCGACUCUGCUGAUGUUCCGGGCAGGAAAGCAGGGUGAGGAGCAUAAUGGAGGGCGGGACUUGGAGAGUCUGCACAGCUUUGUCAUGAAGCAGGCCAGAGAUGAGCUGUAGCUUUGCUCACAUUACCCACUGUCUUCUGCUCUGACACCUGAUCUUUCUCCUUGUGUUUUCCCCCAGUAUCACAAGCAUGUAUUUCCAUCAGUAAAAACCCUGCCCUUUUUCUCUGCAUUCCACAUUUGCUCAAAGUCUUUUGAGUGAGCACAAUCACUAUGAUUUAUCCAUAGAUAAAAUGUGAAUGUAUUUGAUAACAGGCAAGUCUUUAUCACUUUAUGGACCUGUGAGAGAAAAUGGUACUAAUGAGAGAAAAUGGUACUAAUGAUUUGACAACCACUUUUCCAGUAACAGAAAUUCCCAGUGGUUUUGCUUUUUCCCCCGUCCUUUAUUAUUUUUUCUUUAAACUAUCAACACAAGAGUGUGUAUGAAUUAUAGUCUUCCUUUUUGACCGUUAUAAACACCAAAAUAGAGAUUAUUGCUCCAUAUAUGAGUGGAAGAAUUUUGUAACAAGAAAUUAUCUGUUGCUUUUUAAGGCAAACUCUUUGGCCUUUAUGUUUACAGUGCCCGGAAAGACAACCCGGUUUAUUUUUACUGUAAAAAGAGAAUCAUGUGACUUGGCUCUCAGGGAGAACAUUUUUUAAAUAUAAAGUGAAAAGCAUAAGUUCCUCCUUUCUGCCUUUUCUCUUCUUCUCUUAACGCCCUGUUCAUUUGUAACCUGAAUUUGAAACGUCUCGGACUCUAAAUUUACAAACUGCACUUUCUUUUUGUGUGUGUGUUCUAAACAGAGGAAAUAGUUUUUCAGUUUCACAGUCUUCCCCCAUGGGGCCAUUUUUUUAUUUAGUCAUCAUGGGUUUUCAAUUCUAGCCCUGGGCACCCAAUGCAAAAAAAGUGCAGCGCAUGGGGGUGUCUGGAAUUGAGAACCACUCAUAGCACCAUACUAAAUAUCUUUAAAGGAGUUUGACUAUUAGCAUUUAUACUCUGUUUAAAAUAGGUUGUUUACCUGUAAUUUGGGUCUUUGACUCUUGACUCAACAUCAAGUGACCUGAUACUAGUACUGAAAUGGAAGCACUACAAGCUGCUUAUCAGAGUUUUAAAGAACACUGCUUUUAGUUUUGUAUACUUGCAGAUUAUCCUCCUUUACAUGCUUGUGAUCUUUAGAUCCUAAGUGGUCAGGCUGAAACAAAAGCACAUUUUUCCCCCAUCUUCAUUCUCCCAAUGAUGUUUUUUUGUAACAAACAUUCAAAGGAAAGCAGCGUUUUCAACAAAGUGUUUAUGGGAGGCACAUGGUCCAGGGAGACCUCAGUGAAAGAGAGAGCAGUAUGUCUUUGUU